AUGGAUAACUCAACCUCCGCCACUCCCUUGAGGUCGUCAGGCAUCCCGAAGUUUUCUUCAAUCGCAAGACCAUCAGCUUCGAGGCUGCCUGCUCCUAAUGCCGAACAAAAACCUGCACUUCCCUCUCCUACAAAAUCAGCUGCUCUGGCGAGACCAUCUCCUGCCAAGAAGGCUCUCCCAAGGCCGCCUUCUUCUGGAAUUGGCUUUAGAUCGAGCAUUUCUGGUCCUUCAUCAGGAAUAAUCCCACCUAGGACUUCGUCGCACCGUCCUACUCAUUCCAUCUCGGACAGAUCCAUUGCUGCUGCUAGAAAACCUGCUUCUCGCCCUGUGUCAUACAUCGCACAGUCUCGAAGGCCUGCUUCUAGCGUCAUCACCACCGCUCAGCAAGAGGACCUAAACGAUCAACUCGGAUCUCUUGAUGGUUUCCGUAGUGCUUCGCGUGCCGCCUCGAGGCAAGGCGAUUACGACGAGAGCCAGCCUUUUGAUUAUGACGAUGAGCCAUCUACUCCAAAUAUGAAGCGGGCGUCUCGAAUUUCUUUGUCUGAUCGAACCGUAGAGAGCCUCUCACGUCUUCCUGAAACUCCAGGAACUGACAGGCGAAGGUCAAGCUUCUUUGCACCGCAAAGUCCCAUGGGUCCUCCGUCACGUCCAGCUUCUGCUAUGAGCACUGGUGACGCCAGAGAAGGAUCGCAACCCAAACCUAUCGGGAGGACUGCUUCUCCGUCUAAACGGUCUUCCGCUAUUGUUCCUCCGUCAAGCAAGAUGCCAAACAAGUACUCGACUCCAAGAGCCCCGUCCUCCAUUGGCCUAGCAUCAUCCAGACUCGGGCGUCCGGCCUCUGUGGCAGGCAAAUCUGCUCUUACCACUGCUACGCCCAAGUCAACCGCACCAAAGCCGCUCCAGCGGACGAGUAGUCUUCGCCAGCCAGGGGCGGGCACUGCCGCCACUCCUAGACCUAGACCGACGACCAGCAAUUCGACUCCAGCAAUCAAGACUAGGCCCACCCCUGCGACAGCUUUGAAGGUCGCUCCUCCAAAAGAAUCGCAAAAUGCUUCUGAGAAAGCGCCCAGUUCUUCCGCAGCGCUUAGAGAUCAGAUUGCGAAGGCUAAAGCCGCAAAACGAACACCUGCAGUUUCCAAGGGACAGUCUUCGGUAAAUCAAUUCGACGAUUCUAGAUUCGAUCCUUUCGCAGACCCUUUCAACACGAAGCCUCAAGACGGCAACGGUUUGUUGCGUAAGAGGAUCGAUGCGGCACGUAGCGAUGGUCGUCUCAAUCUUGCAGGCUUGAGCCUCAAACAGAUACCAGACGAUGUUUUGACUAUGUACGAUCAGCGUGAAGACAGUAACAUGAACUGGAGCCAAAUGACGGAUCUAGUUCGAUUCGUAGCAGCGGACAACGAGCUUGAUACGAUAUCUGAUGACAUUUUCCCAGAUAUCGCUACCGAGGUGGCGAUGGAUGAUGAGAAAGAAGUGAAGGGUCUGCAAUUCCGCAGUGUAGAAAUGAUUGAUUUCCACGGAAACAACCUCCAAACAGUUCCCUCUGGUCUGCGCUGGAUGGAGAGACUGACAGUAUUGAACUUGUCUCACAACAAGUUGGGCAAUUCCAUUUUCGAUACAAUUGGCCAACUCGAAGCACUGAAGGAACUCAAACUCGGCAACAACAAUCUAUCUGGAUACCUCCCACCGUCAAUAGGUCGCUUGCAAAACUUGAGAACUUUAGAGCUACAAUCAAAUAAGCUUCUCAGUCUUCCGGAUGGUUUACGCGAACUUGCCAACCUUCAAAUUCUCAAUGUUGCUGGGAACCAACUUACUGGUCUGCCAAUGGACGUCCUGGAAACUCUGCCCAUUGUUGAUCUCAAUGCAUGCAACAAUGCCAUGGUCGGUGCGUUGUUCCCUUUCAGUGUCUCCGGGCUUUCCAAGCUCGAGUAUCUGGAUGUUGCGAACAACUCCUUAGCCUCACUUGCCUUUUCAGAAAAUCUGUCGCUACCAGCUAUCAAAACGAUCAACAUUGCGAGUAACAGGAUAGUCGCACUUCCAGAUAUGUCUGGCUGGAAAGAAUUGGUAUCUCUAGCUGCUGCAGACAACAAGGUGUCUAUGCUACCUCAGGGAUUCACAAGUCUCAAAUAUCUCAAACAGGCCGAUUUGACUGGAAACGAAAUCACCAAAUUGCAUGACAACAUUGGGCUCAUGGACUCUCUCGAUGUGCUAAAAAUCGCUGCCAACCCUCUCCGAGAACGUAAACUCCUGAACAUGUCGACUGAAGAGCUCAAACGUAGUUUGGCUCAACGGCUAAAAACUCCGGGUCAAGGUGAUAGAGGAGAUGAGUUUGAAGACGAGGGCAUCGAUAUACAAUCGCCUCAUGAUUCGGGGUCGCAGUGGGGAGUUGUUGCGGGAACUCUCGACCUUCGCGACAAAAGCCUCGUGGAUGACGAUGCCGAUGUGCUCCGGUCAAUUUUCAGUUCAGAAGACGUCCGUGAGCUCAAGCUGGCUCGCAACAAUUUUGUCACAGUUCCCUUCGAGAUUUCUUUGGCGCAGAAUCUCAAGAUCUUGGACUUGUCAAAUUGCUCGCUGGGAGACAAUUAUCUGAGUGAAGUUGUGACUUUACAAGCUCUUCAGGAGCUUUUCUUGGGAAGUAACAAGAUCUCAAAUUGGGAGCCACUGUUGAGUCUGCUACACGCCCCACGCCUGUCAUAUCUCGAUGUGUCCAACAACAGGCUGAUCGGCUCCGUGCCUAUGGUCAGAGACUCAUUCCCAAGUCUGAAGGUCUUGCAUGCUGGCAACAACAGAAUUGAUGCUGUGUCUGCUGAGGCGCUAUCAGGUUUGCAGUCUGUCGACCUUGCUGACAACAACAUCGGUUACAUACCUCCGGAGAUCGGAUUAUUGUGGGAUCAGGGGCUGAAAGGACUGAGCAUAGGCGGCAAUGUUUUCCGUGUGCCAGGUCACCGGAUUCUUGAGAAGGGCACGGAAGCUACAAUGAUAUGGCUCAGAGAUAAAAUCCCACAGGACGACGAAACCUUUUGA